AUGGCAAAGUCGAAGACGUCACGUGCCACGUAUGACUUUGGCGGUCCCAUCGGUGCGGCGGCCAUCGUCUUUGGCCUCCCUCUCCUCCUCUACUGGUUCUACUUUACCUGCAACGACAUCUACGGCUGCCCUGCUCCUGUGCUUCUCCGCCUUCGAACCCUCUCCUUCUCGACGCUCAAGUCCCAGAUCCCGUGGCCGCACAAUGGCUGGCGCGGAUUCGUCACCUGGGAGGUCACGGCUUGGGUGCUGGCGUACUACCUCCUCAGCUUGCUUCUGUAUCGUCUGCUGCCGGCCCAGGAGGUCUACGGCACGAAGCUGCGAGAGUCUGAGAGGCCGCUCAAGUACAGAUUCAACGCUUUCUAUUCCACCCUGGCGCAGCUGGCUGCUUGCGCCGUCGGCACCCAUCUGCACGGCUCGAGCUUUGUGCUUUGGACUUUUAUCAACGAAAACUACUUGCAGAUCUUGACGGCCAACAUCCUUCUCGCCUACCUCCUCGCUCUCUUCGUUUACAUUCGCAGCUUUGAGGUAAAGGCGGGCAAUCGCGACAUGCGCGAGCUCGCCAGGGGCGGAUGCACGGGCAACCUCGUGUACGACUUCUUCAUCGGCCGCGAGCUGAACCCCCGCAUCACGCUCCCCUUCAUCGGCGAGGUCGACAUCAAGGCCUGGAUGGAGAUGCGACCCGGCCUGACGGGCUGGCUGCUCCUCGACCUCGCCUUUGUGGCGAAGCAGCACGCCCGCUACGGCCGUUUGUCCGACAGCAUCCUCGUCACCGCCCUCGCUCAGGGGUACUACGUGCUCGAGGGACAGUACGCCGAAGCGGGGCUCCUCGGCAUGAUGGACAUCACCACCGAUGGCCUGGGCUUCAUGCUGAGCUUCGGCGACAUCGUCUGGGUCCCCUUUCUCUACUCGACCCAGUGCCGCUACCUCUCGGUCCAUCCUGUGCAGCUCGGCCGGACCGGCCUCGUCGUCGUCGGCCUCGUCUUCGCCGCGGGCCUGUACAUCUUCCGGGCCGCCAACACGCAGAAGAAGGUGUUUCGAAGGAAUCCCCACGACGCCAGCGUCGCCAGUCUAUCGUCGAUGCCGACGAAGCGAGGCACGCGCCUGCUCACCGACGGCUGGUGGGGAGCCGCGCGGCACGUCAACUACUUUGGAGACUGGUUGCUGGCGGUGCCCUUUAGCUUACCGACAGGCAUUGCCGGCUACAUGAUUCUCCCGGCCGGCAGCGCUGCGGAUGCCGUCAAGAUGAUGGACGGCCGGGAGCUGGUUCCCGGUGUCGCGAGGGGCUGGGGCAUGCUCUACACCUACUUUUACGUCGUCUACUUUGCCUCGCUGCUGAUUCAUCGCGAAAGAAGAGAUCAUGCUGCGUGCGCGGACAAGUAUGGCGAGGACUGGGACAAGUAUACGAAGAUUGUGAAAUGGAGGAUCGUGCCCGGCCUCUACUGA